GAAUGCGCACGUCAGGCCAGCCAACGGCGUGCGCGUCAUUGAAACGGAGCGGGUGCGAGUCUAAAACAAACUUACAGCAGCACAUUUGGAAAGUGGCUUCAGAGCAGACGCGCGGGGCUCUGAGCAGCCAGAACGUCUUGGGGGAGAACGGCAAGAUAGGAAAGUGUUUUUAACAGUCUUUUGAAAAAAAUAAAUAAAUAAAACACCAAAACGUAUAGGUGACAGUUUAUUAUUUUACAUUCACAUGUAUAUUAAAACAUUCGCUGAGUAGUUUACAACUAGACUAAAAUGUCAGUAAACAGCGGGAGCGGAUGAAAUGCGGACAAAAUCAUGGAAUUUCUGGAAGUUAUAUUUUAAAACAAACCAAGACCGGCGCUGGAUAACUCUUCGUUUUGGAUUUGGACAACAAUCCCUGGAUUUAACUCCAGUGACAUUUAGAUCUUAUGAGCUAAUGGAGUAUUUUCCUAAAUCAAUUCAAAUUCGUUUACAGCUCGCUUAACCCCAAAACGGCCAGUUUAUCGGGCGCGCUCUGUUUGAGAGGAACUGGCGAGUUAAAGCGCAUGUUGCCGGUAUGGUGCGCCUGCUCAGUUGCCUAGUCUUGGGGUAUUUGACAUGGAAUCUGGGGAUAUCUGAUGCCCGAGGAGAGUACUGUCACGGCUGGUUAGACAGCAGCGGGAAUUAUCACGAGGGCUUUCAGUGUCCAGAGGACUUUGAUACGGCGGACGCGACGGUGUGCUGCGGGAGCUGCGCGCUGCGCUACUGCUGCGCGGCCUCGGAUGCGCGCCUCGAUCAGGGGACCUGCACGAACGACAGAGAAGUGGAGAACAACACGCAAUAUGCUGCCCAGCCCAUGUAUGUGCCCUUCCUGAUGGUGGGCUCCAUCUUUGUGGCGUUUGUAGUGGUGGGUUCUCUGGUGGCCGUGUACUGCUGCACCUGCCUGCGACCCAAGCAGCCCACACAGCAGCCCAUCCGCUUCUCUCUGCGCAGUCAGGGCGAAACCAUCCCCAUGAUCCUCACCACAGCCCCUCCCAGCCUCCGCACACCAUCACGCCAGUCCAGCACGGCCACCACCAGCUCCAGCUCAGUGGGAGGAGGCAGCUCAAUCCGGGGAGACGGGCUGGGACAGUGCUCGCAACAGCAGCUCCUGGUGGUCUCCUCUUCCACGGCCUCCACUCCUGUGUCUGUGGCUCCACCUCCUCCACCGCCCUACAUCUCCCAGCAGGGCCUGCAGGGCAGUAACUCUCUCCAGCACACGCACGCUCACAGCCAGUUACAGCUCCACAACCAGACCCUGCAAAGCUCCGGCUUCCUUCUGUCACAACAGUACUUCUUUCCCCUGCCGCAGGAACCGUUCUCCACAAACAAGGGCUUUGCUGACUUCAGCCAGAGCUGACCUGGGGUACCCGGCUGCUGCUCAAAAGGAAACGGACACCAAGGAAUCUGUCACACACAAUGCCGUUGUUGUAGACUCAUAUUACAGGGGCUUCUGUUCACUGUUCAAGGAAAUAGGCACUAAUGUAUCUUUCAGCAAGCUCAAUUGGCACUUUGAGACCGCAGCUGGAAUUUAAGAGCCACGUGGGCCACUAAAGCUGGUGAGAUAGUGAACUAUCAAUCUGACAGACACUCAAGUGCUGGAUACAACAUGCCAGAACAUGGGCACCUAAAUGUACAACUGAUCAAAUCUCGUAUGCACUUUCAAUCUGCUUAUUUGAUGAAAGACGUCUAAUUUUUUUUAAAGAACUCCAGCUGGUCAAUGACACUCCACUGAACAUUUAGUCUCUGUAUUUGAGAUAAUUUUAUAUGUAUACUGUAUAGACAUUACAAAAGGAGGACAGAAUCUCAUGACAAUCUCAAUCCUAUUUUAGGGGUCCUGCACACAAAUGGUGCAUUGUGUGAAGGGGGUUUUAUAGAAAUUAUCUUUAUUUUUCCAAAGGGUCAGAUUAAAGGUUUAGCUGCCAGAUUGAGACAAAAAUUGUUAAUAAUGUUUAAAACAGGCAUUCAUCAUGCAUUAUUUCUGCUCAUAAUACAUAGAGUAUCAGUCACAUAAGGAACAGGUUAACAUCACAUGAAUGUACAGCUACUCUUGGGAAAACCUCUGUUUUUUAAAGUUUGGAGAACAUUCAUUCUUCAAUUUUGUAUAAUUUGUAGCAAUCUGAAAGCCAUUAUUGGCUCAGUUUCAGAUUACUUUGGCAACACAGUUUUGUUAUAUUUAAUAUGAGACGUUUUGUAAAGGAUCAGGUGUAUCUAAAUGUACAGAGCAGCUGGAAGCUUGUGACGAGAGAGCCUUCAAAUAAGUAUUACAGUCUCGAACCAACAGUGUUUUUGAGCUAAAUGAAACUCUUAUCUUCC